AAAAUAAAAUGCAGGUGGAGCGGUUGGGUUCGUAAUUGAAGCAGAUAGAGAAAAGUCGCAAGCCUUGUUUCUCACAAACGUUGGGAGUUGGUUGGGUAUCCUAUGCACAUCGAGAUCCGAGUGCACUGCACUGCGUUUGCUUCACGAAGAAGCUGAAACAAACCCACAACUCGUUUACUUUUACUCCAACGUAUUCCUCAAGAAAUGUCGUUAAAGCUCCUCCAUUUCAUCUUUCACCUCUACUUUCUUUUGCCGUCUUUCAGCCUCCGCUUCAGAUCAACGUCAUAGCUAGCUCUAGCUCAUGGACUCUUCGCUCUCCCAUUCCUCACCAUUCAAGGGGAAGCAGAAGAAUUUCUGAGAUUACACUCAUAGUCAUUGUCACCUCCUCAUUAGACCUCCCAGCAAGCACCACUUAUGGAGCUACGAACCAUUUGUGCAACAUUACCUUUCCUCUUACUCCUGUCUUUUGUUUCCCUUAGUUUAGCUGACCUGAAUUCAGACAAACAAGCGCUACUUGACUUUGCUUCAAUUGUUCCUCAUGGUCGGAAAAUCAACUGGAAUCCUGCUACAUCAGUCUGCACUUCUUGGGUUGGCAUAACUUGCACCCCGGACGGCUCCCGUGUGCGUUUUGUUCGGCUCCCCGGUGUUGGCCUGUAUGGUCCAAUUCCAGCCAACACUCUUGGGAAGUUGGAUGCCCUUGCAAUCCUCAGUCUUCGAUCAAACCGCCUCAAUGGGAGCAUUCCAGCCGCCAUACUUUCCCUUCCUUCCCUCCACUCCUUAUACCUUCAAGACAAUAACUUUUCAGGUAAUUUUCCUUCUUCUUUGCCGUCCCAGCUUAUUUUUCUUGACUUCUCCUUCAACUCAUUCACUGGAAAUAUUCCAGCUACAAUUAACAACUUAACACAUCUCACUAGCCUCAACCUCCAGCACAACUCCCUCACUGGAUCAAUCCCUUAUUUCAACCUCCCAGGGCUUAAGCAUUUGAAUUUGAGCUAUAAUCAUCUAAAUGGUUCAAUUCCCUCGGCCCUACGGAAGUUCAAUGCAUCCUCUUUUCAAGGGAAUUUGAUGUUAUGUGGAUCACCACUUGACCAAUGUUCUUCAAUUACCCCUGCACCUUCCCCUUCCCCUUCCCCUAGUCAAUUACUACCCCCACCAAAAGUCCCACCAAAACCAAGUGGCGGUUCCAGAAAAAAGCCAACUACAGGAGCUAUCAUUGCCAUUUCAAUUGGGGCAGCUGCUGUGCUGUUUCUUUUAGCUCUAAUUGUAGUGCUGUGCUGUUUAAAGAAAAAAGACACCGAGAACAGUAGUCGACCGAAAGGGAAGGGUGGAAGGAGUGAGAAGCCUAAGGAGGACUUUGGGAGUGGGGUGCAAGAGGCUGAGAAGAACAAGUUGGUUUUCUUUGAAGGCUGUUCUUAUAAUUUUGAUCUAGAGGAUUUAUUGAGAGCUUCAGCUGAAGUCCUAGGAAAGGGGAGUUAUGGGACAACAUAUAAGGCCAUUUUGGAGGAGGGGACAACAGUGGUUGUGAAGAGGCUGAAAGAAGUAGUAGUGGGGAAAAGAGAUUUUGAACAGCAAAUGGAAAUUGUGGAGAGGGUCGGUCAUCACCCAAAUAUUGUUCCUCUUCGUGCUUAUUACUAUUCCAAGGAUGAAAAACUCCUAGUUUAUGACUACAUGACAGCUGGCAGCUUUUCUGCAUUAUUGCAUGGACACAAGGAAAGUGGACGAACUCCACUAGACUGGGAAUCCAGAGUUAAGAUUUGCCUUGGUACUGCAAGGGGAAUAGCCCAUAUCCAUUCUGCAGGUGGUGGGAAAUUUAUCCAUGGCAACAUCAAGUCCUUCAAUGUCUUGCUCACACAAGACCUCCAUGGCUGCAUCUCAGAUUUUGGUUUUACCCCGCUGAUGAUUUUGCCUACUGUCCCGCCUAGGACAGCAGGCUAUCGAGCUCCUGAGGUGAUUGAAACUCGAAAAUGUACACAAAAAUCUGAUGUUUACAGCUUUGGUGUUCUCCUCCUUGAGAUGCUGACAGGAAAAGCACCAGUGCCAUCAACAGGGGGGCAGGAUGACGUGGUUGAUCUUCCAAGGUGGGUCCAGUCUGUCGUCAGAGAGGAAUGGACUGCUGAGGUGUUUGAUGUAGAGCUAAUGAGAUACCAAGAUAUUGAAGAAGAGUUGGUGCAGAUGCUUCAAGUAGCAAUGGCCUGUGUUGCCAAGGUGCCAGACAUGAGACCUCCAAUGGGAGAAGUUGUUAGGAUGAUUGGGGAAAUCAGGCCGUCUAAUUCUGACAACAGGGCAUCACCAUCAGCAGCAGGCAUGUCCAAGGGCUCAAACACUGAGUCCCCAUGACCUUGCCCACACAAUAUUCUCAAGUUUCUGCACUAGAAUAUGAAAACUUUUCUAAUUGUGAAAUAUGUCCAAUUGUGUUAUUCUUUUUAGGGCAUUAGUGUAACAAAUUUGUGUAGCAUUUUUCCCCCAGCCAUAGCAAAAAGACGUGGUGUUGGUGCAUUUGACCUAUAAGUGCAAAUCAAAAUCUCUCGUGAUUAAUGUGACAAAAUUGAUUAAUUAGUAAUAUUAUGUCUGAUUUUAAACAGGGUUCAUCAUAUAAG